AAAAAAAAUAAAAAAAAAAAAAUAAAAAAAAGGGGAGAGAGUUCGAGUGGUUCUAUGUCUCGUGGAGAUGAUUUGGGAGAAAUGUAAUGUUGUACAGUUUUCGGAAGGGUCACAGAAUAUGUUUUUUUCUGCUAGGGAUGUGAGUAGAAGGUUAUAGUACAGGAGUUAAAUCUACCUUUAAGUAGAAUAGUAUUCAAAGACAUUGAAAUUUUUUUUUUCGGGGAAUGUAUUGUGAUGUAAUAAAAGAGAAGGUCACUUGAAGCUACAACUGACCUGCUACAGUCGCCUUGUGCGUAGGGUUUGUAAGUGACAGUAAAGAUAUUAGAUCAGGAAAGAAAAUCUGCUUAAAAAAGUUCAAAGUUGCGGCCAGCUGCGCAUUAACUGCCAUGGCUGGUUCAGAAAAGACGAUGGCGAUGAAUGGCUCUGUGGCCUCACCGUCCCUGCAGGAGGAAGGGAAAGGAGGCAAGCGGAAGCCAAAUUAUAGCAUCCUCCUCUACGUCCCAAACCUCAUUGGAUACACUCGUCUUCUCUUGCUUCUGCUUGCCUUCUGCUUGCUACCAGCUUCACCUGCCUCGUUUGUUACCCUCUACUCCAUCUCUAUUACACUGGAUGGUUUUGAUGGUUAUGCAGCUCGUAAACUACAUCAGUGUUCCCUCUUUGGAGCUUGGUUUGAUGUGAUUUUGGACAAUCUGGGAAGGGGUCUACUAUGGGUACACAUACACCCGAUGUUGUACUUGGUGUCAGCUGUAGAAUGGAUUGCAUUUGUCUGCAAUUAUUCAUUUGGAGCUAAAUGGCGUGAGAGUCUCAUUGAAGGACCUAAAGCUCCAACUAUAGUCACUCACAUAUUAGCUAAUAACUUCCGUAAUGCUUGGGGAGUGUGGGUCAUUGCCGGCCUCCAUGUGCUUCCUGUCUGGCUCCUGGGCAUUAAAUACAACAUAUUUGAGUCUCAUCUGUGGUUUCUGCCUCUCUUUGUUCAACCUCUAGGUUUUUUGCUUCUCGGGACAGGGAGACUGCUUUGUCUCUCCGUGGAACUAUGGAGCAUAUGGAAUCACAUGUAUGGUCUUCUUGUGAACUCAUCCUCCUGCUGAGAUUUUGGAGAGGCAAGGAAAUUAAGAAAGACACUUGGUAGCAUCAAUGUAUAUGACCUCUUACUGUUUAACAGAUGCAGUAAGUAAAAAUGCAAUAGAUAUACCAAAGAUAAUCAGGGAUAUUUUUUGUGUAGGACUGGUCUGAUAAAUGUAUCUCAUUGUGACAUGGAAUUUUCUACUUUUAAUUUAUCAGUACUGGACAUGAAUAAAUGGAAAUAGUAA